AGAAUUCUACGCUUAACUACUGAAUCCGAGAAGCCUUUGCCGUCGAAACCAUUCUCCGGCAAGUUCUGUAAAUUUGGGAGUGAGAGAGUGACUGAGAGAUAUUUACAAUAAUGGCGACGACGAGCCUCGUUUCGCUUCUGGAGAAGCUUAAAGUGGAUGAGCCUUACCUUCCUCCGCGAAAUUGGGAAUCUUCACCUUCCGCGACUAGCCGAUUUCUUCCUCCAACUCCCGCUUCUGCUACUCCUUCGUCUUCUUCCUCUGUCUCCGAAUCUAGCUUGGUCAGGCUGGCGUUGAAUGCUCUGCAAGGUGUUGAGUCUUCUCUUAUUAGUAUAGAACAGCUCUCUUCUGCAUUAUGCUCUGAGCCAGCUGACAGGACCCUCCACAAAAUUCCGAGCUUGUGGCAUCGGUUGUCAAGCACUGAUGCGUUGGGACAGAUUCUUAGAAACAUUGGCUGCUUUGGUUCUUUGGUGUUUCUUCUUCACAAGUUUGUCGACCAUUUCACAAGCUUGAAUUUGGAUGUGGAAACAGAUAUUGAGGGACAGGGGAGCUAUAAAAUAUGUGGAAAUGAAGAAGCUAAUAACAAGAUUUGCUAUACUCUUGUUAAUCAGGCUUUUGCUAUUGCUGUCAGAAAGGUCCUCGAAGGCUAUAUAUCUGGACUGGAUACAUUAUGUGCAUCUAUAGAACUGAGGCGUUCAUCAAACAUUGUUGAUGGGUCUGACCAUGGUUCCUCUUGGUUAGGCUGCCUUACAAAUGUCGUUCAUCCAAAAUUUACAUUAUUAGAAGUUUUUCUGCAUACUACAGAGUUACGAACACAGAUUGAAGCUCUAGCGAACAUAUGUGAUUUGUAUGAUAUAUCCCUGUCUUAUUGUACUUCUCCUUGGGAAUGUCUGAUUAAGGAAGCCACCACGCGAUUUCAGGGGUUCUACAGAGGAAGCAACCUGCUUACUUACUUAUAUUCCCAACUACAGGUUGCUGAUCCUCCCCACAGUGCUAUGCUUAAGUUUUUGUUCCUCAAAACAUGUGAGCCAUAUUGUGAGUUUAUAAGAUCUUGGAUAUAUAAAGCCGAACUUAAUGAUCCUUACAAGGAGUUCAUUGUGGAAUGUGUCAGUGAACCAACAUCAUUUUCUUGGAAUAAGCCUGGCAUCUCCCCAUUGGAAACCGUGAGGGAGCGAGAAGGAAGGUUUGUUCCAUGUUUCUUAAACGGCUUAUUGGUACCGAUACUAAGGGCUGGUCAACAGCUUCAAGUAAUUACAAAACUUCUUGAACUGUGUAAUCUUCCUGCAUCUGGACACAAAAAAUACACAGAUCUUCUUCCCUGCUGGACGUAUUAUUCUACCAGUACUCCAGGGUGUCCAUCUCCAUUAGUUUUCAGUAAAUUACAUAUAGAAGUGAUGAUAAAGAAAAGAGACGAUUACUACAGAAGGAUGCAGGAAAAACUUGGUGACUUUUCAAAAACGUUUGAACUGUUUCCUGGGCAGGUUUCUGGAGCAAUAUCUUUACCAAUAAUAUCCUAUGGCGAUGGCAAUGAAAUUCAGAAAAGUUCUGUGUUCUUAACACUGGAUGAGAGUUUACUAAGUCCUUCAACAGUAGCAAUUGACUUGACCAGGGAUCAGAGUGAUUCGUAUUCUGAUGAUCAGAAUAUAGAAGACAGAUGGUUUUCAGAGAUAGAUGCGUCAUGCUCUUCUGAAUGUUCAUCGGCUAGGGAUUCUUUCGAAGCAUCCGAUUUACUCCUUGAUUCACAAAGUCCAUUAGUGGGACCUCCAAAAAAUUAUGUAUCAGCUCUACGUUUCUCUGGUGCCUCUGCUGGGAAUUGUAAUCAGAAUCUGGUUCAGCAUAGUGAUUCUGGUUAUAUUGACAAUAAUUUUGUGAGGAAAAGUGAGAAGGCUGAUACUAGUCGUCAGUUGAUGAAAACUGAGCCAGAAGAGUCAGUUGAAGUAUGUGAGGAUGAUAAAUUUAGGGGGCCUCUUUCUAUUGAGUCAUGGCCUCUUGGCGGAUUACCUAGAAAUCCAUUUUGUGUUGAUAAGAAGUCUGAGGAAGAUUACAGAGAAGAUCCACAAAAUGUAACGGGAGCUAGGAUGGAAGAGAGAUAUUUAAUGAAUAUUGAUGGAAGUAAACUAUUAUUAAACAACAUUUCCACCAGUGGCACUUGUCCAGAGCAUGAAACAGAACAUGAAAAAGACACAAAGGUAAACUACCCUUUCGAGGUGCUCAGUAUGAAUCCGUUACUGAGAUGUGAUUUUUUGUCCAAGCACGGAAACACAAGCAGGAGGGACCAUGGAAAAUCGUUGCAUUGGUUUGAUUUUUCUGCAGUAGAUGACCCUUCAAAAACAUGUAUUGCCAGGAUACCUGUAGGGUUCCCUAUUGAAUUUCACAAGGAAUCUCAUAGUCCUCGGAUAGAUAGAGACUGUCAUCGCGAUGCCAACCAAGAAUUUAGCAUAGAUAGGUUUCAGGUUGAAGAACCUAAAGUUUCUUGCAGUCAUUUAUCUUCGGGUUUGAAAGGCUGCGCUGAAGAAAUAUCAAAUGCAUUUGGUGGAGGUAGAUGGGAGGGUAUGCUUUGUAGAUCAAACAACCCUGAAACUAGUGCAUUUAGUGACUGCAGACAUGGAUCCUCUGUCACAUUUGAAUUGCCACUUGAUUUUGUUAUAGACAAAUGUCUACUUCAGGAAAUACAUCUGCAAUAUAAUUUUGUAAGUAAGCUAUCUAUCAAGUUGCUGGAAGAAGGAUUUGGCUUGCAAGAACAUCUGCUAGCUCUACGCAGGUAUCAUUUUAUGGAACUAGCAGAUUGGGCAGAUGUAUUUGUAGUGUCCCUUUGGCAUCAUAAAUGGAUUGUUACAGACGCAGAUAAAAGAAUUGCAGAAAUCCAAGGGUUUCUAGAAUCAUCUAUCCAGCGAUCCUCAUGUGAACAAGACACUUGUAAAGAUAGGUUAUAUUUGUACCAAGGACAGGGCACACUGCAUCUCCCGGCAUCAACCACUGGAGUGCGAUCCUUUGAUUUCCUAAGGUUGGGUUAUCGAGUGGACUGGCCAAUCAGUAUAAUUUUAACAUGCGAUGCGCUGAAAGCCUAUGCUGAUGUAUUUGGUUUUCUAGUUCAAGUGAAAUUAGCAGCCUAUGCAGUAACUGAUGUCUGGUGUUCACUGAAGGAUGUAAGACAUAUGAUGCAUGAGAAUAAAGAGAAGAUAUUGAAGCAAGAACUCCGGUGGUUGAACAUAUUGAUAAAACUAAGGCAUCAGAUCAACCAUUUCGUAACAGCACUACAGCAAUAUGUUCAUUCAGAAUUGUCUCAUGUAUCAUGGUCCAAGUUCCUUCAUUCCCUUAAGCAUAAGGUCAAGGAUAUGAUGGAUCUUGAAUCUGUGCAUAUGGCUUAUCUAAGUGAAGCUCUGCGCAUAUGUUUCCUCUCUGAAGAAACACGAGUAAUAUCUAACAUCAUAGAGAACAUCUUGCAAUGCGCGCUGGACUUCCGGUCUUGUCUUCCCAGAGGCAUGCAGAGUACAGGUCUAGUCCCAAACGAUUUCUGUACACAAACGCUAGGCAUAAACACGUCUCAGGUGAAGAUGGUGAAGCAAAAUUUUGACAAAGAGAUGAAGGAGCUGCAUAAGUGUCACUUGAGAUCACCAAAACAUGGGAAAUCUGGGCUAACUCGCUUCUGGGACUGCCUCAAUUUCAACCUUUAUUAUUCAGAUAUCCUUCAUGACUCUAACAUCUUCUCUCUUAUUCCUUAAGAAAACCACAUUCUCUGACACUCUUGUGUGUUGUGUAUUUUUGUAUAAUAUUUUAAUUCCAAUGCAGUUUCCCACACAAAUAAUUGAGCUUAUCUUAACAAUUAUUUUUCUUGUCA